AUGGAGGCGGAACUGCAAGCGCAGAUUCCCGGUAUAGACCGUGUCAUCUCUGAAUACUCUGUGGGUUACCUAACCCACGCCUCCCAUGCCUACGUUGAAGAGGCAGACGCAAAUGCCCCCUCACCAUUAGCUGAAGCCGCCGAUACCGUCACCGAAAUUCUCGUCUCCGCCUCAGGCGACUUCUCGUCGGAGAAUGAGCUGGCAAUCCGCAACCUCGUCGAAAAGUUCAUUUCAUCGCUAAAUGCCGCGGAUGGCAUCGACGCAGAACGGCGGCAAAUCCCCUUCGCCGCCAAGAAGCUCGACCACACGAUCAAUGUCGGCGCACAAAGAAACAUGUCGUCAACGCUUGGGUUGGUAGGAGCAUCUGUGGAUUUGGAGUCAGCCGCUACGCGAAAGGUAGAGUCUCGAGUCGACCGGAAGAAGCUCGAAAAGGCAGAACGGAAGAUUAGGGCCAAACAAGAUAAGAAAUUGGUGAAGAACGUUCAAUACGAGGCAUCGAGACUGCUCGAUCAGCCAGAUAGCACUCAAUCGUACGAGGAGUUCUUCAUGGCUGUUAACCCUCUUCAACUGGGAGCUGAUGCUCAAUCCAAGAGCAAGGACAUUAAAGUCGAUGGAAUUGAUAUAUCUAUUGGCGGAAAGAGAAUUCUCACCGAUGCCUCGUUAUCGCUGGCUUACAGUCGAAGAUAUGGUUUGGUUGGUCAGAACGGUAUCGGAAAGUCUACACUGCUCCGCGCAUUGAGUCGUCGUGAAGUGGCAGUUCCAACUCAUAUUUCGAUUUUGCACGUUGAACAAGAGAUCACUGGCGACGAUACUCCUGCGCUUCAAGCCGUUCUAGAUGCCGAUGUUUGGAGAAAACACUUACUUCAAGAGCAAGAAAAAAUCACCAAACAACUGGCCGAUAUUGAUGUCGAGAGAUCAUCCAUGGCAGAUACAUCCAAGGAUGCCGCGCGGUUAGAUAAAGAGAGAGAUGGUCUUGACAUCACACUCUCCGAUAUACACGCAAAACUUGCCGAAAUGGAGUCAGACAAGGCAGAGUCUCGUGCUGCCAGUAUUCUUGCCGGUCUUGGAUUCUCACAGGAACGUCAAAAGUUUGCUACCAAGACAUUCUCUGGUGGUUGGAGAAUGAGAUUGGCUCUUGCCCGUGCACUUUUCUGUGAACCAGAUUUGCUUCUUCUCGACGAACCGUCAAACAUGUUGGACGUUCCAUCCAUUACCUUUUUAGCAAAUUAUCUUCAGUCAUACCCCAGUACAGUCCUGGUCGUUUCUCACGAUCGUGCAUUCCUGAACGAGGUCGCCACGGAUAUCAUUCAUCAACAUUCGGAACGACUUGACUACUACAAGGGAGCCAAUUUCGAAUCAUUCUAUGCAACCAAGGAAGAGCGCAGAAAGACCGCCAAACGCGAAUAUGAAGCCCAGAUGGCACAACGAGCACAUUUGCAAGCCUUUAUCGAUAAAUUCCGAUAUAAUGCUGCAAAGUCUUCCGAAGCACAGUCAAGAAUCAAGAAACUGGAACGCAUGCCAGUGCUCGAAGCACCAGAGAGCGAAUACGUCGUCCACUUCAAAUUUCCAGAAGUCGAGAAACUUUCUCCUCCUAUCAUUCAAAUGUCCGGGGUUGCUUUUGGCUACACCAAGGACAAGCCUCUCCUCAGUAAUGUUGACCUGGAUGUGCAACUUGACUCUCGUAUCGGUAUUGUUGGACCCAACGGUGCUGGUAAAACAACGGUGUUGAAACUGCUCAUUGGACAACUGCAACCUACCAGCGGCCUGAUCUCUCAAAACCCUCGUCUGAGAGUCGGCUACUUUGCUCAACAUCACGUUGACGCUUUGGAUCUCAACGACAGUGCUGUGGGCUUCAUGACGAAGAACUACCCAGGCAAAACUGACGAGGAGUACCGUAGACAUCUCGGAGCGUUCGGUAUCACUGGUAUGACAGGUCUCCAGAAACUCGGCUUGCUUUCUGGAGGUCAAAAGUCCCGUGUGGCAUUCGCCUGCUUGUCCCUUACCAACCCGCAUAUUCUCGUUCUCGACGAACCUUCUAACCAUCUUGAUAUCGAAGCUAUGGAUGCAUUGUCAGAGGCUCUACAGAAAUUCGAAGGCGGUGUCCUCAUGGUGUCUCACGACGUGACCAUGCUGCAGAACGUGUGCACCAGUCUUUGGGUCUGUGACAAUGGUCGUGUUGAGAAGUUCGAUGGAGAUGUUAAGGCUUAUAAGAAGAAGAUCUCUGCUCAGGCAGAUGCUGCAGGAGUUGCUAGGGCACAGUCUUAG